CUCAUCACAAAUCGAUUCUGAACCAUCAGAUUUGAAGGACAUAGUCAACAAGUAGAUAAAGACAACUCAUAACAAGGGCAAAGCUAUGCAAUUGUAAUGACAUCCACUGGAUGCCCAAAACAAAUGCUUCAGAACAGUGCCCUUGAACACGCCUGGCCAAUUGGAAUGAACACGAGCUACGAGCUUGCCAAUUGAAUUCAGGAGAUGGAGAAAGAAUCUCAGACAAGAAGAGCCCUGCAAUAUUUUUAUAUGGCCACUGAAAAUGGCUCUGAACAUUAAAAUCUUCCCUAUGAUUUAUUCCGUUCAACCAUUCUUCUUCUCCACUUGGGUUUUCCUUCUCUCUGUGAGACAAACCAGUCUCAAUCUCAGACAAAAAUUUCGAUCUGGAGAGGUUUCAUGGAUGACAGGGCGCAUGUGAUCGAGCAGUUCACUUGCUAACAAGUAAAUGUGAAAAAAAAAAUCAAGUAAAUUGUGAGCAUCACUGGAAACAAAAGCCUCUGAGAGUCAUGGCACCCUAUGAACCUUCAAGCAGCACACGAGCUGUUAGAAUGGACGUGGAGAGUGUCCUGCACAUGAACGGAGGGCUGGGGGAGACUGGCUAUGCUCUAAACUCUUCCCUUCAGAAGAAGACAUUGGAAGUCAUGAAGCACAUCAUAGUGGACUCGGCGGUCAAAACCUGUGUAGCCAAGGCAACGCGAGAGAGGUUCACAAUCGUUGAUCUCGGUUGCUCUUCAGGGACUAAUUCCCUGCUGCUGGUUGGUGAAAUCAUCAGGGCCAUCCACGAGAGGGCUCAGCAAUGGGCAACGCCAGCACCAGAGUUCAUGGUCUUCCUCAACGACCUCCCGACCAAUGACUUCAAUUCCAUCUUUCUGACCCUUCCGGACUUCACUAACAAACUCAAACUCAGCGUUGAGUUGCAAGGAGGGUGCGCUCCAUCUGUGUGCUUGUCCGGACUUCCCGGCUCUUUCUACGGAAGGCUUUUCCCCACCAAUACUCUUGAUUUUGUUUGCUCGUUCUACAGCAUGCACUGGCUUUCACAGGUUCCUGAAGGGCUUGUCGACGGCAGUGGCAUGUCGAUCAACAAGGGAAAGACGUACAUCUGCAGCACCAGCCCCCCUGCGGUUCUUUCAGCUUACUUUAAUCAGUUUCGGAAAGACUUCAGCGUUUUCCUCAAAUCAAGAUCAGCAGAGUUGCAGUUUGGUGGGCGAAUCGGCAUCGCCAUGUUAGGGAGAGAAAGUGAGGAUCACAGUGACAGGAGCACGGCAAUUUUGUGGGAUGUUCUGGAUCAGUCAUUUGCUAUCCUUGCCUCGCAAGAAAUGAUCGAUGAGGAGAAAGUGAACGAGUAUGAUGUUCCAUUUUACGCUCCAUCGAGGAAGGAGAUUGAGAGUGAAGUGCUGAGAGAUGGGUCAUUUACGAUCGAGUCCAUGGAGAAUUAUGAGCUGAAAACGAGCACUGGGGAUCCGAAGGAGGACGCAAGAAUCACGUCGAUGGCCAUUAGAGCCAUCCAGGAAUCCAUGAUUAGCCACCACUUUGGAGAAGAAAUUUUAGACUCGCUGUUCCAGAUUUACAAUGGAUUGCUCGGUGAGGUGAUGGUUAAGGAAGAAAUAACAAGUUCGCACCUGCUAGUAGUGCUGAAAAAAUCAAGUUAAAUGACUGGAACAUCGAUCUUGUCAAACUCUAAGAAUUGUUUAUGUUUAUUAUCAUGAAUUUGAAAGAAUCUCAUCCGUGAAUGUAAGCUAAAA